AUGUGCCCCUGCGCGCUGCACGGGGGGCCCCCCGCCGCCUGCCGCUGCAGCUCCGCCCGGCGCGGGGAGCGCGGCUCCGGGGCGCAGCUGGUCGCGGCCCGCCUGAAGCGGGUCGGGGAUGAGCUGCAGGAGCGGACUGCGGGGCGCAGGGCGAGCAGCAGGCGGGCCGCGGCCGGGAGGAGCCUGGCCACCUACCUGGGUCUGCUCUGCGCCGCCACGCAGGUGGCCGCGCUGGUCUGGCUGAUCCGCAAGAGGAGCUGGUAGGGACAAGGGCUCGGGCAGGAGCGGAGAGCAACCGGGACGCGCAACAGGCUGGAGAAAACCCUGCACCCUUGGAGAAAAUCAUUUCCCCUUUUCCUGCAGGGAGUACAGAGUCUGAGCAGCAGCUAUGAAGAAUGGAGAAAGAAGAGGAGGAGGAUAAAAGAGGCUGGAGCAACGUGAAAGAAGAUUUGUACUGAAGGAGCUGUUCAAGUGCCCAGCAGCAAAACAGAGACACAUACAUGCUUAUAUAGAGAGCAUACGUUAAUACAUGCAUGCCUUGUUGAGAACGUAAGCAACAUUCCUUUUAGAUGACUGUGGUCUGAGCGCUUGUGCUCCUGCAGUUUGAGUCAAAAGAUUAGUGAUGUCCUUGCUGUAGUGCUAAAACUUUCCCCACCAGGCAUUGUCUAUGGUAUGGUAUGGCACGGCACGCAUCUGCCCCUUUAAAUGUAGAAGUGUGAAAAAUCACUUGCAAACCCAGGGUUAAAGAAUACCAGCAGAUAGUGCAUUUGCUGCAAAUAGGCAUCGGCUUGUCUUGGGAGGUGUGGGAAAGGGGUGUUUAGCCGUUUUGACAAGAGACAGAGUGUGUGUGUGUGUGUAUAUUAAGCUCUAUGACACCAGGCGAGAUAUGCUUUUCUUACAACUGUACUUUCUCUGGUGCUACCUUUAAUGUUUGUCUAGGGCUCAACUGUCUCUUUGCGGUGCUACAGUUUUACCAGGACGAUGUUCUGAAACAUGAGACUGGGAGAAAUAUAUUUUGGUUAUUAAUAUUUAUACACAAAAAAUAGGUUAAGAAGGUGCUAUUUUCCUUUCUUUCUACCUGUAAAUAAAUUAACAAACAAACAAAAAAACCACCAGCCAAUCUAACCCUGAACUUUAUAAAACAACUCACUUUGGGACAGCUCAGCUCUUGUUUUGCUGGAAAGUACCAUGCGAUAUGAUAGCAGUCGUGCGGAACAGGCGAUUACUUUC